UCCCAUCGCUCGGUACAGUCGGUUUGACUAUAAAUACGGCACCAUCCAAACCGAGUUACAUACAUCCGCACACCAACCGUCCAGGCGAUCACAUCAUCCGCCGGAAGAGAAGCUCUCCAUAGUCCUAGGCAAAAUGUUUCGCUUCGUGUUUACGUUAUUGAUGUUGGCGUUGGCCGUUGCCAUGCCGUACCCGGAAGAUGAGGCUCCCAUCGUUGUAUCACCGGAGGUGCUGCAUGCUGUGGCACCUGUAGGCGAAUUGGCUGAAGGUGAAAAGGUUGACGAGCGUUAUCGUCCCAAUUACGGUCACCAAACAAGUCAAUUACAGAGCAGUACAGUUUACCAACAACAGAGCAGCAGCCAUCAACAGCAAAGUAGCAGUCUUACCACUCACCAACAGCUUGGCCAUCAAAACACUGGGCACCAUGCCAACAACGCUGCUGGUGGAUAUGGCGGAAGUGGUUACCAAACUCCAGGAGUCAAUGCCGGAUACGGCCAAAACAUCAACUACGGUCAGAGCGGUUACGGCAACACGGGCUACGGCAACACCGGCUCCAGCAACACUGGCUUCGACAACACCGGCUUCGGCAACACCGGCUACGGCAACACUGGCUCCAGCAACACUGGCUACGGCAACACAGGCUUCAGCAACACUGGCUUCGGCAGCACCGGCUACGGUACGGGAUCCGGAAUAAACACGGGAUACGGAUCGAACGCAGGUUAUGGAACCAAUACCGGCUAUGGAACAAACAUUGGAUACGGAAGCAACACUGGAUAUGCAACAAAUACUGGGUACGGCACAAACACUGGAAUCAAUACUGGAUACGGAGGCCAUAGCGGCUACGGCACGAACACCGGCUACGGAAACACUGGCUACAAUACGGGACUGUAUGGAAACAAUGUUGGCGGCGGACAACAAGUCGCGUAUGGGCACUCAGGAUACAACAGCCUUAGCGUUGAAAGUGGUUACGGCAGCAAUUACCUAGGAUGGCGUGAAGGACAAAAGUCCAACGGCACUGCGGUCGCUGAUGCGGCUUCCGUCGAAGCCUCUGCUCCUUCCGCCGAUUCCAGUCCAGCCAGUGGUGGCGAAAUUGAUUUCACCAACCAACAGCAAUAAACUGUUGAAUCUGUUUUGAUUCGAAACAACACGAACAACACGGUUGCCUUCCAUUAUUCGUGUAGAAAACGGAAGAGGUUGGUGGCUAAUGGCGCUGGGCGCCUUGUUCAAUGAACCAACGACAUCUCCAUGAACUAUACGUAUUAUCCUGUCCCCUUAAACGGUUGUUGAAUUACUCACUGUGUUACAUCGAUUUCUGCGAUUGCCUUUUUGCCAAUAAAAUUUCCCAACUCGAA